GGGUGUCUCAUUUGAGGAGUGCCUUGUGAAGCUUGAGAAGUGUUUGGAAAGAAUUAGUAGAAAAAACGUCAUUUGUAACCCCCUAUUUGUAACCAACAGUACUUUUUUAGUUACAAUUAGUAUAUUUGUAACUAACAAUUAAAAAAUCCGUUACAAAUAAUUAGUAAAAACUUGUAUGACUCAUGUAAUCGUAACUGACUAAGAAUUGUUGGUUACAAGUAAUUGUUAUUGUAACUAACAAUUUAAUUGACAGUUACUACUACUAUACUUAUAUUUUCUGUAAAUAUAUAUUUGUAACUAACAACACAUAGUCGGUUACAAAUACUAAUUUCAUUUUAUUUUAAUAUAUUUUUUUCAAUAAAGAAAAAGAAAAAUCUAAGCCCCAAAAUAAUAAAUAAAAAAAAACCUCGACCUCCCCUAUUACCCCCAACCUUAGUCUAAAAUUCCCCCAAAAAUAAAAAAAAAACUCCCACAAAAAUCCCCCCCAAUUCACUCAGAAAAUUUGGCUUGAGCACCGCCCCAUCCACCUGAGCUUGAAGACCGCCGAAGUUCAGCCUCAAAGAGUUCCGUUGGAUUGAAGGCUGCCGGAGUGCCGUCGGCUAGUUCGAGCGUUAGCCACCGUCAAGCAGCAUCAACACUUAUAUACAUUAGGGCUGCCGGAGUUCCUCUGGGUUGAAGGCUGCCGGAGUGCCAUCGGCUAGUUCGAGCGUUAGCCACCGUCAAGCAGCAUCAACACUUAUACAUUAGGGCUGCCGGAGUUCCUCUGGGUUGAAGGCUGUCGGAGUGCCGUCGGCUAGUUCGAGCGUUAGCCACCGUCUAGAGGCACCAUGCAGUUAAUGCAUGUUUGGCGCCGCUGUACUCUGUAGAAGGAAUGCAUGUAAUCACAGUGGAAGGCAUUGGAAGUCGUAAACUUGGCUUAGCUUGCAUCCAGUGCAGGUUCUGUGGGGUCUCAAAUUCCUUGGUUAAGCGUGAUGCUGAGGGAGCACCUGCAGCAAUAACAGUGCCCUAAACUAAAGGGUUGCUCGUUUCACAUUCUCAAGUACUUCAAGUGGUAUCCGAUGGUUGAUGAUUUGAAAGAAUCCCCACUUCUGAGCAGCAUCACAUACUGAUUUUACAACUGUUGGGUCAUCCCACUUGGACACGUCGACUAUGGGGAUCGAAGCCUCUUCCAUGAUCUUCAUCAAUUUUAUUUAUUUGGCAACUUCUGAGAGGCUUUUAAUGGACUGAAUUUUAUUUAUUUUAAUUCUGUAAUAAAUAAAUGGUGCAUAUUCUGUAAUAAAGUGGGUGAUAUUAUGUGAACCAGGGCAUACAUCAAACUUUCUGCCAUGUCUUAUUUAAAGAAGCCUAACUGAAAAAUAAAUCAGAAUUGAUUUUAUCAAGCAAGUUUCAUAGCAGAGCAAGAAUUGCCAUGGAGGAAAGUGGAGAUGAAUACAACCAAGAAUGUCAAGAUAUGGAAGAACUUCAACAUGAUGUUGUUACAUCACAACCUAAGCCUAAGAAAAAAGGAAGAGGUCCAUCAAAAGGAGUCCAAACAACAACUCCUAUCUUCCUUGAAUUUGAUGAAUUUGGUUUGCCUACGGGGAAAUGGGAAUCUGAAUAUGGAAAACAAAUUGAGACUUGUUCCAAAAAAGUUGACAUCAAUGUUAAGGAAUAUUCAAAGAUGGAUAAAGAGGAGAAAAAAAAACCUAUGGGAGGAGACAAAGCGCAAGUUCCACAUUGAUGAUCCGGAAGGAGUUAAGGAAAAGAACUUUCAUGUAGCUGUCGGGAACAGAUUUAGGGGGCACAAGUCUUGGUUAAACGCUCGCUUUAUCACAAAAACCGAAGCUCCUACCGAAGAUUCACCUAGUGCAAAAAUGAAGCCAUGGGAACUUUAUAAGGGUUUCAUCUCAGAGCUGCAGUGGAAAGAUUUUGAGGCAUAUUACACAUCAAAAGAAUUCAAGCUUAAAAGUGAAAGGGGGAAGGAAAAUGCAAAACAAAACAAAUAUCGACAUCACUUAGGGCAAAGAAGCUAUGGGAGGGCUCGAGAACACUGGAAAAAGUCAAAUAGACUUCCCCCAGUCUCUGAAUCAUCAACCACGAGCAACACCACUGAAUUAAGUACUACUACGUCAUUAAAUGAAAGGCUGACGCAUCGUUCUCUUGAAUGGGUCUUAGCACGUCAAAUUAAGUUACCCGAUGGAUCAUGGGGUAUAGACCCAAAAGAUGUAGACACUGUUGCAAUUGCUAAAUCAGUAUUAGAAAACAUGAAAACGAAGUCCGUAGAGAGACAAGAAGGAACAAGUUCAUGUGAAGAGCGAGGCAUUGAUGCCCUAACCUUAGCAUUAGGGAAAAAGGAUAAUCGGGGUCAUGUCAAAGGACUUGGUAGAUGUGGGGUUGGUGUUGGCCUUACUCAAGCAUUCGGGAAGAAAGAUCGUAAGGGGAAAAGAUCAAGCCAUAAUAGCUGUUCUUUUAGUGAAUUGGAAGCAAUGAAAGACUCUUUAACUCAAGAAUUUGAAGCAAAAUUUGAAGAAAGGUUGAGUCAACGGGUAGUUGAGGAGAUUCAGACUUAUGUGGCUAAUUUGAUUCCUCGCUCAAACUCAACAUUGCCAAUAAUGCCAGCAAUUACUGAACUUCAAUCACCCUUAGCAAACAAUCUUAAUCAAAUAAAAGCAACACGUGUGAUACAGGUCCCGACUCCAUGUUUUCUUACCUUGAUUGAUGAGUACAAUGAGAAUAAAGUGGUCGUGGCAGAUGGAACAGCACAACCGUGUUUGGACGGGGUUACUCAUAACCUUACCAUGAAUCCGAAGCACUAUAGAGUUAGUGUGGACUAUCCUUACCCCGACUAUGCCUCUCUUGAUCUACCGGUGAAGGCUCCAGAUGGUGAAACUAAGUUGGGUAAAGCGACUGGCUAUUUUGUGGAAUGGCCUAUCUAUUUAGUGAUUUUCAAAGAUGAGGACAUGGGACCACUGAUAAAGAAGGCAAAAUCAGUAGAAGCCAAUGAGAAAGUUGAUAGUUGUGGCGUUAAAUCAAGGCAAUCAACUACUAAAGGCUUUGCUCUACUUGAUGAUAGCAUUGUUGGUAGUUUGAGUGAGUGUUGUGAGAUGUUGUAUUGGUGCAUGAGCUCUGAUAUUGACAAGUAUGAUACUAUAACGGUAUCAUUGAAGGCUCCUUAUUUCUAUCAAAAUGAGGAUAAAAAAACUUUUGUUACAGCUACAGACGUAUCAGAACUUCUUAGAGGAGCAUGGGCUAAUGUUUCAUUGUUUCAUGUCUACAUUUUGUACCUAAUUCAUAUGCAUAUUUCCAUUUUAAAUAUAACCGAGAUCACAUUCCUUUGUCCUCAAAGGAUUUCGGUAGCUGAAAUCGAGCACGAUUAUCUCGAAGUUCAUGGGUAUGUUAAAAAGGCUUUUAUGUCCGAACUUGAAAAGGAAGAUAAGCAUUGCAAAUUUAUGUUAGCACCGUAUCUUCAAAGUAAUCAUUGGGUGCUUUUGGUAAUAAACUUACAAUUGGGCCUUGUGUUCGAGUUUGAUCCUGCCACUUGUCCUAAAAAGACCCCAAGAAAAUUGAGAUUGGCUGAUAUACUAAUGAAGGCAUACAAGGUGUAUUUGUCUAAAUUGAAGGGUAAUGUUUUGAAAAGUAGAAGGAAAAAUUUGCUAUUUAAGCAAAUGGAGUGUGCUCAACAAAAAGGAGGUACUGAGUGUGGAUAUUACAUCAUGAGAUACAUGUAUGAGGUUGUUGUUGGUCACAGUGAGUGCGAAGGUAAUUUAGAGGAGGUAUAUUCUGCAAGGAAAAUGGCUUUUGAUGAAAGGGAAUUGAAUGAAACUAGAGAACACUGGGCAAAUUUCUUUCGAAGAAAAUAUUUGUUGAAUGAACCAAUUUAGUUAUUUUAAUUUCAUCGAAUGCAUAACUAAUUUGAUUGCAUAUGUAGGGAUGGUGAACUUGUUUGUUGAUUAGUGAAUGAAUUUAUUGAUGUGUUACAUUAAAUUUUUUAUGUGGAAUGAUGACUUCAUUUAUUGGUGAAUGGUAAUGAUGUUAGAGUA